AUGCAGGCGGCUGGCGCAGACGCAGGCGCGGGCGGCGGGGCGGGCGCUGCGGACCACGGCCCGGACGGCCCGGACCGUCGCGGUGGCCGGGGCGGCCCCGGCUUUCCCGGCGGCGCGGGCGAGGCCGCUGCUGCCGCCGCCGGCAGGGCUCGGCCCGUCUCGCGCGCACGGCACGUCCCGGAGCCGGGCGGAGACGCCGCUGCCACGACUGGACGGCGGGAGACCCGAGGACACGGAUUUGCCCUCUGCGUGCCUUUUCCAUCCCGCUUGGAGGCGGAGAUCGCCUGUGGGUCCCUGGCCCCAGAUGCCGAGCCCCACAGAAAGGCUGUCGAGAAGCAGCUCACCGUGAGCGGCAGCGUCCUGGCCGUCCGCUGGAGAGCUGAGGAUCCUCGCCUCCUGCGAAUUUCCGUCCUCAACUUCCUGGACCACCUUUCCCUGGUGAUGCGGACCAUGCGGCGCUUUGGGCCCCCCAUUUCCCGCUAAGCCUGGGCUGGGGAGAGGGGCUGAAGUCUAUCGUGUCUCUCCCCGGGGACUGCGUCCUUCCGGGGACAGUGACUCCUGUCGUACCAGCUGCCACUGUGUUAGGAGGGCCUAAUCCUCUGACGCUAAUGGCCCCAGGGCACUCAGGGCCCGUUUGUUUUGUUUUGUUUUGUUUUGUUUGCCGCUUAAACGUUCCUUUGUUCGUCACUGCAGACAAUUAAACGGCGCUGAGCUGUG